AUGCUUGCUGCACGUACUCCUGUGCCAUAUCUGUUACUGGUAUUGUGUACAUUUCUGUGCAAUACCGUCAAUUCGGCCGGCUUUGGUGGAAACGUGCGCGGAGUCAAAAUAGGAGGAGGGGGACUUUCUGGCAUACUGGAGGGAAUAAGUAUUUUCCCUACAACAACGCUACCACCACCAGAAGAUAUACUUCCACCCACUCUGUUUGAUAAUUUUGGAGAUCCCGGGGAUCCAGCAUGUAUGGAUUUGAUGAUUGUGGUCGAUGUUACUUGUUCCGCCGACGAGAGUGAUUUACAAAAUGUGCGAAUGUUUACCGCCGAACUUGUUGACCGUUUAAUGAGUAUACCAGGAUCCGACAUCCAAGUGGGAGUUGCGCUUCAUGGAACCGAGAGUGAAUUACUCUUCAAUCUAGGUACUUUUACUACCAGAAGUUCUAUAGUUGACGCAAUUCUAAACAUGGAAUUGGACAUUGGUUGUAAUGAUGAAAACACUGAAAAAGCGUUCCGUAACUUAGCUACAUCAUACUUCACAGUGGACAACGGAGAUAGGGAAGAUAAGAGAAACGUGGCCAUACUAUUCACGGGGAAAACUGUAACAACAGCUGCUUCAAAUGCUAUCAGGACAGAGGCUUUAAGUGCAAAAGCAAACGGAGUUGAGAUAAACAUUGUCACCAUUACAGAAGAAACAGAAGAUGAUACACGUAUCAGUUUGCUGGAUGAUUUACCAUCAAGUCCUGAGAUGGUCUAUGAAGUCGAUAACAUCGAGCAUAUUGGCGAUCUUACCGAUGACCUUUCAUCCAGAUACUUCUGCGGUGAAUCAGUGGAGAAGGAUUGUGCAGAGAUCGUAUUUGCGUUUGACGUCAGUUGCUCCAUAGAUGAUGGAAAUAUAUCAUCUGCAAUGAACAUUGCAAAGGAAAUUACACUAAGCCUCGGGAACAGCUCCAAGUACUGGGGAUUCACAUACGACAAUAACACUGUUGACAGCUUCCCUCCAACAGACGCUUAUGAAGCUGCUAACAAAAUAUCAGAACUGAAAAGACCAGAGAUAUGUACACAAAAAACACGCACAAAUAGAGCAAUCAGUUUUGCAAAUAAGAAGAACACUGAGAACGAAGUAAACCAUCGAGGCACAAUUCUUAUUAUUUUCGGUGAUGGCUUGGAAUCUCCAUGGAGAGAAAACGAGUUGGCGAUAGCUGCUGCGGACCGACUUAAACAAAAUGGUGGCGCCAUAAUCUGGAUUAUCUUAACAUCUAAGAGAAAGGAACAAAUUGCUAAACGGGGCAUAGACGAACAAAUAUAUGUGACUGCGAGUGAGAAUAUAUAUACUAAUCAGCGUUUAGCAUUUGACCACAAUGAAGCCAACGUUGUAGAAUACGUUACUGAAUACAUUGAACUGUAUUUCAAACAGUGCCCAAUAACGUCACCACCUGAGGAUGUAGUCCCACCAACUCUGUUUGAUAACUUUGGAAACCCAGGGGAUCCAGCAUGUAUGGAUUUGAUGAUUGUGGUCGAUGUUACGUGUUCUGCCGAUGAGGAUGAUUUACAAAAAGUACGAUUGUUUGCUGCCGAACUUGUUGAGCGUUUGAUGAGUAUACCAGGAUCCGACAUCCAAGUGGGAGUUGCGCUCUAUGGUAUCCAGAAUGAAUUACUCUUCAAUUUAGGUAGUAUUACCACCAGAAGUGCUAUUGUUGACGCCAUUGUAAACAUGGACUUGGACAUUGGUUGUAAUGAUGCAAACACUGAAAAGGCGUUGUAUGAUUUAACUACGUCAUACUUCACAUCUGACAACGGAGCUAGGAAAGAUAAGAGAAACGUGGCAGUUCUAUUUACGGGGAAUACUGUAAAGACAGAUGCCGCCAAUACUAUCAAGACGGCGGCGUCACGUGCAAAAGCAACAGGAGUUGAGAUUAAUAUUGUCACCAUAACAGAAGAAAAGGAAGAUAAUACACAUAUCAGUUUGUUGGAUGACUUACCAUCAAGUCCGGAGCUGGUCUAUGAAGUUGACAACAUCGAUCAUAUUGGCGAUCUUACUGAUGACCUAUCUUCCAGAUACUUCUGUGGUGGAUCAAUAAAGAAGGCUUGUGCAGAGGUCGUAUAUGCGUUUGAUGUAAGUUGCUCCAUAGAUUAUGGUAAUGCCACAUCUGCAAUGAACAUUGCAAAUGAAAUAACACGUGCCCUUGGGAACAGCUCCAAAUACUGCGGGUUCUCAUACGACAAUAACACUGUUGACAGCUUCCCUCCAACAGACGCUUAUGAAGCUGGCAACAAAAUAUCGGAGCUGAAACGACCAGACAUUUGUACACGGAAAACACGCACAAAUAGAGCCAUCAAUUUUGCAAAUAAGAACUACUUUGAAAAUGCUCCGAACCAACGAGUCUACUCGCAAGCAACCGCAUCUCGUUGCUAUGUAAAAAGGAAUAAAGAGUUAAUGCAAUACCUAAAUUAUAAUUACAUUGUUUGUGUUUUUUCUAACUUCUAUAUUGACCCGAUGAAAACAUUAGCCUCUGAGAAAGACCAAUGGCACACGUACUGUAAGCAUGCACUAUCUGAUGAUAUCACUAUCUACUAUUAUUCUACUACAUAUGACAUGGAAUUUAGCUUAUGUUUAAUACACCUAACCACAGUAUAUGGAUGCAUUCAACUAUGGUUGGUCUCUUGUGCUCGAUCUCAUGAUGUAAGCACAAUAGGGGGCUAUAGGAUACUAGGAGCUAUUAAAGGAGGGGCCGUGGCAGUAGAUGGGGAUCACAUGCAUGAUCUGCCGCCAAAGAUUCCGCCAUCACCCACUCUCCUCUACGACAAUGGUGGUGCAUAUGGUGACCCUGCCUGUCUUAACAUGCAGAUCAUCCUCGACAUAUCCUGUUUUCUUUCAUUAGAAGACUUUGAGCGGGCAAAAAACGUUACAAAGUACAUUAUUAAAGAAAUUGAAUCUGUUAAUAACUCCAGCGCAAAUAUUGGAUUGAUUCUUCAUAAAUUGAAAUCCUCCGCUGUUGUCAGUACAGCGAGUUCGAAAAGACUCGAGAACGCCAUUGACGCGUACACUGGGACAAAAUGUACAAUAAAACCAGAGGGGUCUCAAGUAAAAGAUAGAUAUCUGGAAGAGACGCUUGGAGAUAUUCAAAAAACAAUAUUGAGAAAUGACACAAAUGACAAUCCUGAUGUGUUACUGAUCUUUACGGAUGGCCACAAAAGUGGGUAUUUGAGACAACUUGAUGAAGCCAGCAGAAUCGCCGGAGAACUACGGCAAAUUGGCGUGGAAAUCAAUGUUAUAUCAGUGCCAAGUAGGACUACAGAAGAACUAGAUUCAAUAGCGUCUUCAUACCGUUUAUAUGACUCUAACAAUGCAGAAACCGAGAGGAAUAUCGUAAAUGAUUUGACGUCGAGGUAUUCAUGUUUGUCAACGACAAACGGCGAUGAGCACAAUCCAUAUCUACAUAAACCGGGAGAUUGUGUUGUCAGGAAGUUAGGUGACGUCAUGCUACGUUGCCUUCAGAUAACAACAGUUACUGGGGAAGCUUCCAACAUUGCAAUCACAACAGGAUCCUGUCCAAAACGAUGACAGAGUUACUCUACAAAAGGUUGCAACCUAGUCAUAGAUGAUGAACUUACUCAAAAUGAAGACUCGUUUAAUCUCGUCUCGGAUGAGACGAGAGUUCUCGAGAUGAACGCGACUCUAUCAACACAAAUUAAUGGUGACUCUCACCUGUAUUGGAUAACUGACUUGUUCGAGAUUCAAUCUUUUGAAUAGUUGGACUUCUUUGAAGUUUUCAUAAUUGUCUUAAUCAUCAAAAUCUACU